CAUGAGGUUCAUUGAAGAUUCAAUUGUUCAGAAGGGUGAACGUAAGUGUGAAUGGUUCUUUGUCUAUACGAGCCCUGCAAUUGGCCCCGCCCAAAUAGAGCAGGAUUAAUCUUACAGCAACAAUCAAACGUGACCAUAAAAACAGUUGAGGUGGUUAAACCGAUAGAUGACAUUACGCAUGCCAACACGUCAAGCUCUAUUACUGAAAAUGAUCAAAUACUCGCGUCUGCUGAUCAGGCUCAGUGCACAGCCAUUGACUCAAGUACCCUAUAAUUUCCAAGCGCAACGAUCAAGGCGAUAAAUACUUUGCAAUUUAAAGUCUAUCAUCAGUGUCAUCGUACACGUCUAGACAAAUGUGCCCCCUAAUGCACUCAACGGUGAUGUCGAUUUGGUUUAUUUGAAUAUGACAUAAGCAUGCUCGUGGAGAGUUAUGGCCUCCUUCCAUGCUCUGCCCCCUCCUCUCUACUAUUGGCCGGCGCUCCGAUUCUCAGGCCCGCGUGCCUAAAAGCGGGCUGACAAGAUCGAGAGGACUGAGAAGGCUGGCUGGAAACUUUCGAUCCUCCUGCUUGUCACGGGAAGAGGAGUGGACAAAGUUCACUCAGUCGUCACUCAUCUUGGCUCUGCGUGUGCGAGACCCUUUUGCAGCUGCUCUUCCUCGCUUAUUGAUGGAUGCAAUCAUGAGUCGGUUACUUGGAACUGGGCCUUCAAAAAUGACGAGUCACAUGCUGCUUCACCAAGUCUAAAGACUUUGUUAUCGGAUCACCUGUUCUGAGUCCAAAAAUGUGUGAGGAAGCCAGAGUACCCGCAGAAAACCCACACAAGCACGAGGAGAACAUGCAAACUCCACACAGGAAGAUAGCUGAGCGGCUUCCCUGGAUUUCGCUGCCCUCUCCGCUUAGUUUGGCCUGAAGAUGGAAACACUGGAAUCCGAGCUGACAUGCCCAAUUUGUCUGGAGCUCUUUGAGGACCCGCUUCUCCUGCCCUGCGCUCACAGCCUUUGUGCCAACUGCGCCCACCGCAUCCUGGUUUCGCAUUGCACCCCCAGCGAGCCCGUCCAGUCCAUCCGCGCCUUCCAGUGCCCCACCUGCCGCUAUGUCAUCAACCUUAACCAGAGAGGCCUAGAAGGACUCAAGCGCAACGUUACCCUGCAGAACAUCAUCGACCGCUACCAGAAGGCUUCCCUCAGCGGACCCAACUCGCCCAGCCAGCCCCGGCGGGAGCGAGCCGCCCCCGACGGCGGCGCCAUGACGCAGCCCGGCGGAGAGCGGGUGCUGUGUCAGUUCUGCGAGCGGGAGCCGCCCCAGGACGCCGUGAAGACCUGCGUCACGUGCGAGGUGUCCUACUGCGACGACUGCCUUAAGGCCACCCACCCCAACAAGAAGCCCUUCACCGGCCACCGCCUCGUGGAGCCCCUGCUGGACUCCCACAUGCGAGGGGUUAUGUGCGUGGAGCACGAGGACGAGAAGGUCAACAUGUACUGUUUGACGGACGAGCAGUUGAUCUGCGCCUUGUGCAAGCUGGUUGGACGGCACAGGGACCACCAAGUCGCCGGGCUGGGGGACCGAUACGACAAACUCAAGCAUGCCUUGGACACCAACCUCAGCAAUCUCAUCAAGAGGACCAGCGAGUUGGAAACUCUGAUGGGCAAACUCAUCCAGACGUGCCAACACGUGGAGGUAAAUGCAUCCAGGCAAGAAAACAAGCUGCUGGAAGAGUGUGACCUCCUGAUCAAUAUCAUACAGCAGAGAAGGCAAAUCAUCGGUACCAAGAUAAAGGAGGGAAAGACCGUGCGCCUGAGGAAGCUCGCCCAGCAAAUCGGCAGCUGCAAGCAGUGCGUCGAGAGGGCGACCGCGCUCAUCGCUCAAGCCGACCACACCCUGAAAGAGACGGACCCCUCUCGCUUCCUUCAGUCGGCCAAAAGCAUCUGCGAGAGGCGAGCAUCCCGGCUAAAAGUGUCGAUGAAAAAAUGUCAACGCCUUAUAGUGCAUUCUUUGACCCACGACAGAGUCUCCAUGGCAACGGCGUCCUCUCAGAUCUUGCUGCCGGAAAUAAACCUGAACGACACCUUUGAUUCUUUUGUUCUGGAUUUCACAAGGGAGAAGAAAAUGUUAGAAAGCUUGGAUUAUCUCACAGCGCCAAAUCCACCCGUAAUCCGCGAGGAAUUAUGCACGGCUUCAUACGACACCAUCACAGUCCACUGGACGUCAGACGACGAGUUCACCGUCGUGUCCUAUGAACUCCAGUACGCCAUCUUCACCAGCCACGCCAAUGUCGUCAGUUUGUGCAAUUCGGCUGACAGCUGGAUGAUCGUGCCAAACAUCAAGCAAAAUCACUACACGGUGCACGGGCUGCAGUGCGGCACCAAGUACGUCUUCAUCGUUAAAGCCAUCAACCAGGCCGGAAACCGAAGUAGCGAACCAGGAAAGCUCAAGACCAACAGUCAGCCGUUCAAACUGGAUCCAAAGUCCGCUCACCGGAAGUUGCGGGUGUCCCACGACAACCUGACGGUGGAGAGGGAUGAGACGUCGUCCAAGAAGAGUCACGGCCAGGACCGCUUCAGCAGCAACAGCAGCUACGGCGUGACGGGGAACACUUACAUCGACAGCGGCCGCCAUUACUGGGAGGCGCUCAUCGGAGGAAGCACGUGGUUUGCGGUAGGUAUCGCUUACAAGUCGGCACCAAAGCACGAGUGGGUGGGCAAGAACUCUGCUUCCUGGGUACUGUCCCGCUGUAACACCUCGUGGGCGGCGCGUCACAACAGCAAGGAGACGCCCUUGGAGCCCUCGCCCCACCUGCGGCGACUCGGCGUGCUGCUGGACUACGACUCGGGCUUCCUGUCGUUCUACGACGCCGUGGGCUCUCAGCACUUGCACACGUUCGACAUCGCCUUCGCGCAGCCCGUCUGCCCCGUGUUCAACGUGUGGAACCGAUGCGUCACCAUCCUCACCGGACUGCCCAUCCCGGACCACUUGGAAGGAAGCGAGUCCGCCAACUGACAUGCGGAACGUUUGUGUGGACUUUGAUUUUAGACACAAUAAAUGACUGUGUGUUUAUUCCUCGUCAAACCUUUUCAUGAAUUGAACUUUAACAAUUUGCAUUUCUGAAAUGAUUUGCAAGCUUUUUACUUUGCACGUCUGUACAUUAUUCUGCUGGAUCGUUCCAAAAGGGUAUACCAACUGUUUUAAAUUGCUGAAAUAUUUGAAAUAGGCUGCAUUUUUUUUUCUUAAUCUUAAUUUGUGCAUUUGUAUCCAUGUGAUGUAAAAAUGUUUAGUUUUUUUUUAGAGGAAUCAUUAUAUGUCACUGUUCAAAAGUUUCUUGAGGGCUGUGUGGUAAAUGUCUAUUUUAAUACUGUAUGUGGUUGCAAACUUUUUAGCACUUUGAGAAGACAUAAAGAGACCGUUACAAUAAAAUGCAUUUUUAAGCCA